UGUCUCACUACAUACCAAAAGCAUCCCACACAUCUGCUAAUAAGGAUGGCUGCCCUAACACAAACUACAGAUGGUCCUCGCCUCGGCGAGCAGGAGAUGAAGAAGAUGUCUCCGGCCUCCUUCCAUCCAACUCUGUGGGGAGAUUUCUUUCUUUCUUACGAGGCUCCGACCGAGACACAGGAAGCUCAAAUGAGAGAAAAGGCUGGAGUGCUAAAGGAAGAAGUGAGAAACAUGAUUAAAGGUUCACAUGAUAUGCCAGAAAUAGUGGACCUUAUUAUCACCCUGCAGCGACUAAAUCUGGACUACCACUACGAGGAUGAGAUAACCGAAAAGUUGACUGUUGUUUACAACUCCAAUUAUGAUGGUGGUAAUUUGGACUUAGUUUCACGCCAAUUCUAUCUUCUGCGUAAAUGUGGCUAUCAUGUUUCAUCCGAUGUAUUCCUAAAUUUCAAAGACCAAUAUGGAAAUUUUAUUGGGGCAGAUACCAGGAGCUUGUUAAGCUUAUACAAUGCAGCAUACCUGAGGAUUCAUGGAGAGACAGUGCUUGAUGAGGCAAUUUCUUUUACUACGAGAUGCCUUCAAGAUAGAUUAGAACAUUUGGAAUCACCAAUAGCAGAGGAAGUGUCGUCUGCCCUUGAUACCCCACUUUUUAGAAGGGUUGGAACUUUGGAAAUAAAGGAUUACAUUCCUAUCUACGAAAAGGACGCUAAACAAAACAAAUCAAUAUUAGAGUUUGCGAAACUGAACUUCAACCUUCUACAGCUUCUUUAUUCAUCAGAGCUCAAAGAGUGCACAUCCUGGUGGAAAGAACUCCGCGUCGAAUCAAACUUGAGUUUUGUGAGGGAUAGAAUAGUAGAAGUGUACUUUUGGAUGAGUGGAGGAUGUUAUGAUCCUCAAUAUUCUCAUUCUCGGAUUAUACUUACAAAGAUUGUUGCUUUCAUCACGAUUCUAGAUGAUACCCUUGACUCACAUGCUAAUUCUUAUGAGAGUAUGCAACUUGCAAAAGCAGUCGAAAGGUGGGAUGAAACUGCAGUCUCUCUACUCCCAGAAUACAUGAAGGAUUUCUACAUGUAUUUGUUGAAGACAUUUUCAUCGUUUGAAAAUGAGUUAGGACCAGACAAGAGCUACCGAGUGUUCUACUUAAAAGAAGCGGUGAAGGAAUUAGUUCGGGAAUAUACCAAGGAAAUAAAAUGGCGUGAUGAGGAUUAUGUCCCCAAAACAUUGAAAGAACACCUUAAAGUUUCACUCAUAAGCAUUGGAGGCACCCUGGUGCUAUGUUCCGCGUUUGUUGGAAUGGGUGAUGUAGUAACAAAGAAGAUCAUGGAAUGGGUUAUGAGUGAUGCUGAACUUGUUAAGUCUUUUGGUAUAUUUGUACAGCUCUCCAAUGAUAUUGUAUCAACCAAGCGUGAACAAAGAGAGAAGCAUUGUGUCUCCACUGUUCAGUGUUACAUGAAGCAGCAUGAACUAACAAUGGAUGAAGCAUGUGAGCAGAUAAAAGAACUUAUAGAAGAUUCAUGGAAGUUCAUGAUUGAACAAGGCCUUGCACUAAAAGAAUACCCGAUAAUUGUGCCACGAACGGUACUAGAGUUUGCACGAACUGUAGACUACAUGUACAAGGAAGCUGAUAAGUACACUGUCUCCCAUACAAUCAAAGACAUGUUAACGUCGCUUUAUGUGAAGCCGGUACUCAUGUGAAGGUUCUUUAUUGUUAUCUUGGAUCAAGAGAAUAUCAACAUGAAGCACUACUCCAAGCAGGCCAAAAUAACUACAGGAGCUAUAUAUAUUGUACACCUUAAGUAAUAUCAAGGGAUAUGGCAGUAUAUAUGUAUUACUCAAAGAAAAACGACAACAACCAUCCUAUAGUUGUUGUUCUCGGGCAUCUGUUGUAUUGUGCUAUUUUUCCUUCAGCUAAAAUAAAGAAAAUUUUCUCUUUGUAGAUGUGUUAAACUACAUCUAGAUAUUACUCCAUCUGUCCCGAAAUAGUAUUUGUUUUGGCUCUUGGUUUUUAUGUGUAUUUUUAAAAUGGAUAAUGAUAAAUCUAGACACAUAUAUAUAACAAACACAU